GUGUGAAUGUGUGCCUGUAUGGUGGAAAUCCUAUGGUGAAAUACCUACAACAAAACAAAACACUGUUGAAUAUCCGGCCAUAAGAGAUUCCAUGAAAACUGCUCACCGAAUGUUUCCGACUCAGUCGCUUUGGAGACGUUCGCAGAUGAAAACGUUUUGAAAAAUGAAAACGGCCAGUGGUUAUUGAUUCGCUGUAGUGUUUGAUUAUACAACGUUUAUACAUUUUAGUGUAUAAAUAUUUUUAUAGAUAUAUAUUUUUUAAAUAUUAUUAAACAUAAUGUGUUUUCAAAAUAAACGAGAGUGAGAGAGAAAAAGUUUUUGGUUUUUUUUUAAAGUGAGAUAACUAUCAAAAUAGAAAACAAAAUAAAAUCAAAAUGGGUUUACACGACAAGUUGCGUAAAUUCAAGCGCAGCAGCCCCAGCCCCAAUGGCAUUGAAAUGCAAAGACGUCGUUCUAGCCAGAAUCUGGUUGUACCACCGGGUCAAGUGACCGAACAAUCGCUGCAGGUAUGGCGUGCUCUACCACCGCAGAUCCGACAUGAUCCUAGUAUGGUCUCCUUUCAAAUGGAAAACGAACGAUUGCGAGGUAGCUCUGUUCCCACCGAUGAAGCCUCCAAUGAUGUUGAAUCCAGUCCCGAUGAUGAUCGCAGUUUCGCCUGUUCCGACUUCAUACACAUGAAAAAAGGACCUGAGAGUGAUCGGAAAAGCACCGAUGAUGAAGGCCAUUCGGAUCAUGAUUAUCAGAAAAACCCCACACUACAGUGCAUGGACAAAGUCGAGGCCAAAGAAAGGAUAAAGAAACGACGUCACCGCAUCAAGUUGACCAAACGUGUUGGUCUAAUGAUAUUUUGGUUAUUUUCGGCAAUUGUUUUUAUGGUUUUCGAAGAGAAACAUUUGCUUGAGAAGACCUUAGAAGUGCCUGCCAACAGGGAGAAGAACUUCCUGUUACUUAACAAACCCACCGGAGAUUUUAAACUGACCAUUGCAGGACAUUUCAAUGAAUCAAUUUACAAUUCAAAUGAAACCGAAAAUAUUUUAACAAUCCAACCGCAGAUAUCGUAUUUUGACAAUGAAACGAAUUUGAGUGAUUUUAAGGACAUAUUACACCCAUGGUUUAUACCAUUGGUGAACGAAGACUUGUUCGAUUAUGCGCCAGUGGUUUCACGUAAUUUGACCUUUAAAUUACCUGAUGAUUUGCUGGAUGAAAUUGGAGAGGACGAUACCCAGGUACGCCUGCAGAUGACUACCAAUAUUGAAACGGAUAUAGCCAUCAAAAUGACAUACAAUCCUUUGAUAAUAAACGUCAAGACGGGAACAUUGAUGGCUGCCGCCAUACUUUUGCUGUUCUAUUCGUUGCUGGUGUGGGAGGUCUUUGAACGCACCUUUGUGGCCAUUGUCUGUUCGACGUUGUCGAUAGCUGUGUUGGCCUGUUUCAAUGAUCGCCCCAACAUGGAAGAAAUUGUCAAAUACAUGGACAUGGAAUUGCUGACGCUGCUCUUCUGCAUGAUGAUUUUAGUUGGCAUCCUAACGGAGACUGGAGUUUUCGAUUACAUUGCAGUGGUGGCAUUUGAGGUGUCCCAAGGCAAAGUGUGGCCCAUGAUUUAUAGCCUGUGUCUGAUGACAUGUUUUGUUUCGAGUUUUUUGGACAACAUGACAACGGUGAUUCUAUUGACCCCCGUUGCCAUACGUCUGUGUGAAGUAAUGAGUUUGGAUCCGGUGCCAGUGUUAUUGGGUAUUAUUGUCCAUGCCAAUAUUGGUGGGUCAUUGACACCCAUUGGAGAUCCAAUUAGUAUCAUUAUAUGCUCGAAUAAUUUUAUUGCCUCAAAUGGUGUAACCUUUAUGAAAUUUGUUGGUCACACCAUACCCGGUGUCAUCUUAACCGUCCUUCAAAGUUGCAUUUAUCUACGUUUGAUAUUCCGCAACAUCGAUUCGUUGCGUUUGAAUGAACCGAAGGAAAUAAAAGACUUGCGUCGUGAAAUUCGUGUCUGGCAUAAGGCAGCCAAAUCGAUAUCUUCCUUUUCCAAGGAUGCUGAUGUGGUAAGGGAAACUUUGCUCAAGAAAGUUCGUAUUUUGAAACAUCAGCUAAAGAGGAAAUUGAAUGGUUUGGACACAACCGAAGCCUAUGUCCACACGUUGGAAGAUUUGAAAGUUAAGUAUCCCAUUAAAAAUAAACUUUUACUGGCUCAGGCGUGCUGCGCCCUGGUUUUCGUCAUUAUAUGUUUCUUCAUUCAAUCUGUGCCACAGUGGCGCACCCUACCCCUGGGCUGGGUGGCUCUACUGGGUGUAAUUGCUCUUCUGAUUAUACUCAAUCGAGAGGACAUGGAACAUUUAAUGCAUCGCAUCGAGUGGACAACGUUGCUCUUCUUUGCCGCCAUGUUUGUAAUGAUGGAAUGUGUUGAGCGGUUGGGACUUUUCGCUUGGAUUGGCGAAGUUACCGAGCAUGUCAUUUUGUAUGUGGACAAAAAGAAUCGUCUGGCCAUGGCCAUAUUUAUCAUUUUAUGGAUGUCCGCAUUGGCAUCGGCAAUUUUGGACAGCAUACCGGUAACGGCAAUGAUGGUUAAAGUGGUGGUAUCAUUGGUAGCUAAGGAGACAUUGGGGCUGCCAUUGGAGCCGUUGGUGUGGGCAUUGGCUUUUGGUCCAUGCUUGGGCGGCAAUGGCACUCUCUAUGGAGCUUCAGCCAAUGUACUAUCCGCUGGCAUUGCCGAGCAACAUGGCUAUAAAAUUUCAUUUACCAGAUACUUGAAAAUUGUUUUCCCCAUGAUGUUGGGUCAAAUUUCAAUUAUCACCGGUUAUUUAUUUGUCUCCCAUAUCUUAUUCGAGUGGCACUAAAAAAAGACUCCCUCCCCAACGAUUCCAGGCAUUGCAGCUGGUCUUAGGAAUUUGUGUGAUUUUGAAAUACGAGGAAUGACUUAAUUUUAUUUAUUGUGAAUUGUACUUACAACGUAUGAAAGAAAGAGAGAACGGAAAACGAGAAGAAGACAAAAAUCAAAUGAAUUUAUUCGUAUAGUAUAAUGUUUAUAUUAUUCAAUGUGUUGUUUAUUAUUAUUAUACCCUCCACCAUGGGUAGGAGGGUAUAUUAACUUUGUCAUUCCGUUUGUAACACCUCUAAAUAUUCGUCGUAGACCCCAUAAAGU